AUGAUCGGAGGAAUCUUCCCGAUUUUGAUCAAAGAAAUACUCAGCACUUCUACAUUUGAUAAGGAGCCGCCUAAAGUGCAGUGUGAAGGGUUUGACCUGAGAGUUUUUCGAUGGACACAGGCAAUGAUAUUUGCCAUUGAAGAAAUCAACAAUGAUCCUGCUCUGCUUCCAAACAUAUCUCUUGGCUAUAGGAUACUUAACUCUUGCGCAUCUCCUACAAAUGCUUUACGUGCUGCACUAACACUGGCUAGUGGAGCAGAGGAGGUAGAUGUAUCUUCUAAUUGCCCUCCAGCUAUAUCCGCUCUCAUAGCAGAAUCUGGGUCAUCUCAGUCAAUAGCUGCUGCUGGAAUUCUUGGACCAUUUCAUAUGCCAAUAAUCAGCUACUUCUCAACGUGUGCUUGUCUGAGUGACAGAACUAAAUAUCCUACAUUUUUUAGAACAAUCCCCAGCGACUAUUUCCAGGCAAAAGCUUUGGCUGCACUGGUCAAACAUUUUGGAUGGCAGUGGAUUGGUACCAUACAGUCAGAUAAUGAUUAUGGACGUAGUGGAAUUCUUGCUUUUAAGGAGGAGGUUGAAAAGUUUGGGAUUUGCAUUGCUUUUGUGGGUACAAUUCUACGUACAUACACUAAAGACAGAUUUUUGAAAGUUGUGGAAAUAAUAAAACAGUCAACUGUCAAAGUAAUUUUGGCUUUUGUACCUGAGGGUGACUUUUAUCCUUUGAUGCAAGAAAUUGUGAACCAGAACAUUACAGGAAUUCAGUGGAUCGCAAGUGAGGCCUGGAUAACAGCAUCUCGACCAUCCACACCUGAAAUAUACACAGCUUUUGGUGGCGCCCUGGGAUUUGUUGUGCAGAAGAUGGCUAUUCCAAAUUUCAAACACUUUCUUACAAGUAUUAGUCCUUAUACAGAUCCUCAUGUACCUUUUGUGAGGGAUUUCUGGCAGAUUAUGGUCAUUAAAAGCUUACAAGGGGUGAAUUUCAUAAAUCAGUUUGGGGAUGAGGUGUUUUUUGAUGAGAAUGGCAAUCCUCCUGCUUCUUAUGAUAUCAUUAACUGGCAGUUGAUAAAUGGAAAAGUCCCCACAUCACUGUGUUCUAAUGUUUGCCCAUCUGGAACCAGAAAAGCUCAAAUUAAUGGAAAACCAAUUUGUUGUUUUCACUGUGUACCCUGUGCUGAUGGAACUAUAGCCAACUCAACAGCAGACUGCGCACCUUGUCCAAAGGAAUACUGGUCCAAUGAGAGAAAAGAUGAGUGCAUUCCUAAAACAAUUGAGUUUCUGAAAUAUCAUGAGCCCAUGGGAAUAGCUCUAACACUUGUAUCCCUGUUAGGGGCCUCUCUCUCCCUGGCGACAAUGGUGGUUUUUAUAAACUACAGAGAAACUCCUGUGAUAAAAGCCAGCAACUUUGAGCUGAGCUCUUACUUAUUGUUUUCUCUUUUUCUGUGUUUUCUCUGUCCUCUCACUUUCAUUGGUAUGCCAACAGUCUGGACAUGCAUGCUGCGCCACACCGCUUUUGGUGUGACAUUUGCCCUUUGCAUUUCCUGUGUCUUGGGAAAAACCAUUGUUGUUGUCACAGCCUUCAAAGCCACGUUUCCUGGCAAUAAAAUUACUGGACAGUUUGGCCAUGCACAACAAAGAAUCAUUGUUUGCUCCUGCACUUUGAUUCAAAUAAUAACAUGUGUGUUGUGGCUGACUUUAAACCCACCUUACCCACAUACGUUGUUCACAUACAGCAGUAAGAUGAUUGUUCUUGAAUGUAACACAGGAUCUGGGUUUGCUUUUUAUGCAGUGUUGGGAUACAUAGGGAUCCUUGCAAUCAUUUGUUUGAUCCUGGCAUUUAUGGCAAGAAAACUUCCUGAUAAUUUCAAUGAAGCCAAAUUGAUCACAUUCAGCCUGCUGAUAUUCUGUGCUGUGUGGAUUACCUUCAUCCCAGCAUACAUCAGCUCUCCUGGAAAGUUCACUGUAGCUGUAGAAAUAUUUGCAAUUUUGUCUUCAGCAUUUGGCUUAUUAAUUUGUAUUUUUGCACCCAAGUGUUACAUAAUAUUUCUUAAGCCAGAAAAAAAUACAAAGAAAUGGGUUAUGGGAAAAAUUAUAAAUGGAACAAUGGAGCUUCAGGAGGUGCAGGGGCAUCAAAAAGCCACUGGCUAUGUCCAGAUGGUGCAGAGAGCUUCCCUCAUGACUGAGGGCCCUUGUCUGUGUGGGAACGACAGGGUUUUUCAACAGGACAAUGCUACAGUACACAAUGCCCGCAGGACAAGGGACUUCAUCCAGGAGAAUACCAUCACUCUUUAA